UUGACUCCUACUAGGCGUGUUUUCUUGCCAUUGAUGAAGCACACUCACGGAGCUUGCGGGGAGAGUCACAAGGAAGAGUGGGGAAAUAAAUAAGGUUAACGCUCGCCGUGUCCAGAAAUCAUCCUCACUUUAGCACGACAGUCACACCUCAAACAAGAGGACCAUUACAAAAUUAAAAAAAAAAGAAACACGCAUAUAUCUUCAUCCCCGCGAUUGAGAAAGGUGAAAGGAAGACGCGUCGGCAUGAGAAAAAAUCAAUUGCAAUAAAACGAACUGAAUGCAUUCCCGAGGACCUUCGUGUGAAGACAGAAGAAUUGUGUGUGGUUUUUUUUCUGAAUAGGUGGUGAAAAAUCUGAAUUUGCUGCGCAAGGACUGGAUGUUAUCGAGAUUUUAAUAAGGGGAUGUGUACAGCAAGUGUGGAUUGUGGAAAAAACAAAAGACCACUCGGGUUGGAAAAAAUGGAUUUCUAUGAAUAAACGUGUCUCUUAAAUGAUAUGAUCCGAAUUAAAUGGUGGAAUUUCGAAAAUAUAUCGAAACAUUUACCACAGGAUUAAACCUGAUUUAAAAGAUACAGAUGCAUGUAUUUUAAGUAACAACUAAAAUAUCCUAAAGGGUAAAAAAAACCAAUAUGCAACCAUAAAGCCAAGGAUUGUGAAAGACCAGAGCAGCGUGAAUAAUCUAUUUACCAGCAGUGCUCCAGUGGAAGGAAAUAUAUAUAUAUAUCUGUAUAUUUAAAGAAGACAUUGCAGAAGGAUUAUUGUUUGUUUGUUUGUUUAAAUAUGAAAAAACAAUAUAUGAUUUGGCUGUUAAGGUGACAGACAAGUGGAAUGUGAAACCCUGGCGUUGGGACAAGCACAGUACAGUCGUGGUAAAAAAAUUAAAGGAACAUUUGACGUGACUCAAAUACAUUUAAAAUACUUUAUUAAAAAAAAAGGGGAAAAAGAAACAAACAGUUCACACAAAGGCAAGAAAAUGUCAGCCAUAAUGGUAUCUAAGAAGGUGUUACGAAAAUGGGAAAAGCUCCCUGGGAAAAACACAUUUUGCUGUGACGGGAGGGUCAUGAUGGCACGGCAGAAAGGCGUGUUUUAUCUAACCUUGUUUCUCAUCGUCGGGACCUGCGCGCUGUUCUUCGCAUUCGAGUGUCCAUACCUGGCAGUUCACCUGUCCCCUGCCAUCCCCGUCUUUGCCAUCGUCCUGUUCUUCUUUGUCAUGGCAACGCUGCUGCGCACCAGCUUCAGUGACCCGGGGGUGCUGCCCAGAGCCUUGCCCGAUGAGGCCACCUUCAUCGAGAUGGAGAUCGAAGCAGCCAAUGGGAACGUCCCAGCUGGCCAGCGCCCGCCUCCCCGGAUCAGAAACGUUCAAAUCAAUAACCAGAUUGUGAAGCUCAAGUACUGCUACACCUGCAAGAUCUUCCGUCCGCCCCGCGCCUCCCACUGCGGGAUCUGUGAUAACUGUGUCGAGCGUUUUGAUCACCACUGCCCAUGGGUGGGAAACUGCGUUGGGAAGAGGAACUACCGCUACUUCUACCUGUUCACACUCUCGCUGUCCCUCCUCACCAUCUACAUCUUCACCUUCGACAUCGUCCACGUGGUGCUGCGCUCGGUGGAUUCUGGGUUUGUCAACACCCUCAAAGACACCCCUGGAACUGUCCUGGAGGUCGUGGUCUGCUUCUUCACACUGUGGUCUGUGGUGGGACUCACAGGCUUUCAUACCUACCUGGUGUCGCUCAAUCAAACCACCAACGAAGACAUUAAAGGCUCGUGGUCAGGGAAGAACCGGGUGCAGAACCCCUACAGCCACCGAAACAUCAUGAAGAACUGCUGUGAGGUGCUGUGCGGGCCAAUGCAUCCCAGUGCUCUGGACCGGCGUGGGGAAUUGAUAGAGUUGGCCUUGGCCCCUGUCCCAAUACCAGCCUCCAAGAACAAUAAGGAGAACCCACAAACUACUAAAACCACGGCACCGCUGAUUCCCAACGAGCACACCCCUGAUGAUGUGAAGUCCAGCAUAGCGCCGGAGACGGAGGGGGACGUGGAAGAAAAGCUGUCCCCUUUGGAAAACAAGCCCCUUCCCAGCGAGCCGCCCACACCGCCCCCAGCAGACCCGGCAGAGACCACCGCGGUGCUGGAGGAGGCCUUCUAACAGCAGGCUGGGCUUGGCCAGUCUCUAAAAGGGCAGGAAUGCCCUGAACGAUUUCUCCUGCAGUAUUAAACAAUAACGAUACAUUCUGUGGAAGUGAACGUACACACGAAAAAAAAAAAAACUCUGCCUUUUAACGGGAAACCGAAGAACUCUUGUGAGUCUCGUCUUCUCAUUCCACCCGAUCGGCCAGUCCCCGUCACUCAGUGGGGUCUUGCAUUCCUGCUUAUCCUCUCGGUGCAUUGCGCAGGUUUCUAUGUCAUUGAGAUAUAAUGAAGGUGUGUUUUUUUUUUUAGUCAAGUUGGGGGCCCGACAGUUGUUUUGGGAUAGAUUGAAGGAUAUGACCUCAUAGGCUAAAUGAAACUCCAUCCAUGCACGGGACACAAAAACUCCAAACCCUUUCAAAGGCAGAAGAUAUCCUGACAGCUUUGCAGACAACUGCUAGUCGAUGGCUUGUUCUGAAGUGUUGUUGCUGUUAAUUAUUUCUGUUUGUUUGUCUUAUUUGAUCUGUUUACUUUAUUGAGAUAUGUGGUGAAAUCAGGUUUACUCUUAAUAUGAAUUUAUACAAAAAAAAAAAAAAAAUUAAAAACAUACCUGACAUGAAGUACAGUACUUGGUCAUCUGCUCCUAGAAAAGUCUUGUUAAGAAAACUUAAUGAAAUACCUGAAUCACUGUUUGCACAGAAUAAGAUUACAUUUUGAAAGCAGUGAUGGGAGUGCAUGGCAUAGUGCCACAGUAGCACCUCUUGUAAGUUCAUUAAUGAAGGCGAUGUGUUUUAUAGAGAAAGUCACCUUGGAGAGCACAUCCAGUCUCCUUAAAGUAGCACGAUGGUGUCUUUCAAUACUUUCCAAUGAUAACUGUGUUGCUGUAACAUGUAUUGAUAUUUUUAUUGGACUUGUAAGAAGAUUACCCUCAUUUUCUUCUUUCCCUUAUGCAAAACCAUUAAGGUAUUUGACAGCUGUGGCACUAUGUGUGCAUUUUAUUUUAUUUUGGUCAACUCUUUGACUUCCAAUCCUGAUAUCUGUGUGGUUUGUAGCUUGCUUGGUUAUGGACAAUAGGGUUUGUGUUUUAGUGUUGUAAUUGUGGAGGUUACUUUUCAUAGUUUUCAUUGCAAUACUGUACAAUGUUUUGCUACAUAACUACGAUGGGCUGGUUUGUUUUGUGUUUGCUGUUUCACUCCUCUGCAAAGUUGAAGGACAACAGCAAAAAAACAAGGACUUUAGCCUUAUUACAUUUCUGUAUUCUAAUCCUGAAGGGCCAAUUUAGCAUUUUCACUCCCAAGUUUUGUUGGAUCCUAUUGGUGCCAAGAGUAUGCUAUUCAUGUAAUCAGAGCACCAGCAUUGUUGCAGAAGGGAGCAUUAACAAGGAGGGUUUUGUUUUGAGUGUAUGUUCUAUGUUUGUACCUGUGCCUUAUUUGAAGCUGCACUAUCCCAUGUUUCACACAGUUAGAACAUUUCUGAAGAAGCCUCUGCACUUCAAUCCAGGGGUGGUUUGGAACUCCCUCGGAGAACAUUUCUUUGGUGGCAGCAUGACCUCGAUAUUAAAAGCCAUUUUUUGUCGCAGAGGGAAGGGAUGUAAAAUCUAUAGUGUAGAUCUGGGCAAACAAUAAAUGUGGAAUUUUGUUGCAUGCUACACAUAACGGUUUUAAAAAAAAAAAUAAAGAAAUAAAUAAAUCAGACCUCUCCGGGCAGGAAAUGCUGAGCUAUCUGUAAUCUGGGUGGAAUGCAGCCUGAAUAAUGUGCUGUUUAGAGAACAGGUUUAAUUGUCUUUUGUCCUCGUACUGAACCGAAAAAAGAUUUGCAAGACUGGCUCUGGGCCAUUCCUAGCAGCGUUAUUUUUGUCAAGCAAGGUUAAAAAUGGUGUACAAGUCAAUGUUGCUACAUUCUUAGUUUAUCUUAGUUAUUUGAUAAAUGAACUGUUUUGCUAGAAACCAGCUGUGUAUUGAGACAGCGGUUUAACGUGACAAAGGGACUUUCCAAGUAAAGGUUAAUUGAACAUCACAAGGGUUUUUGUUCCUGUGAGUGUUGUGGUGACCUUUUAGCGGGGUUACCUGCACGUAUCCUAUUGCGUAUAAUUAGACCAGUAAUCACGUUUGGGAUGGGGGAUCGAUUACAUGAACCGGAGAGCCUCAUUUCUGUCUGUGAGACAGAGUUUGUUUCCAUCUGCAUCAGCCCAAGAUCAUAUCAGUUUGAACUGAGGGAGGGUCAAUUUUCAUCACACUUAAAUCCUAGGACAGUAUUUUCAGAUAGUGGAAGCAGAGUUUAAAUUACCAAAAUGAGUACAUAAUUUCAAAAAACAAAAAGACAAUCCGAUUAAAUACUGAAGCUGUUUUGGAGGCUGCAGCUAAGAUUUCAUUGCUUUUCUGGGAGACAGAAGGUUUGGAUAUUAACUGGGCAAUAAUUAACACUGUUACCAAGUAAUGUAAUGUUUUAUUUCCCUACCUUAAAAACCAAACCCUAAGCCUUAUUACCAGGUAUCUUCAGGAAUAUUGAAAACUGCUCCCAUAACUCUAGUUAGUUUUUGCUCAGUUAAUAAAAAGAGUGGCCUAUUUGGCCACUGGCAACUCUUCUAGUGUGAAUAGUGUGCACCCUCUAAAGCCAUCCCUCUAGGAUGAACCCUAUACCUCAGGAUUUUUUGUUCCAGGUGUAGAAUAUACGUGCUAGUGACCAAAAUCAAGUCUUGAUGCAAACAAUUCAAGGGUUUGUAAUUAUUCUUUUUGUUAUUUAUAAUUAAAGCAAAUGAGAGAGAGAGAGAGAGAGAAAAAUCACUUGUAUAAUUUACCUUCACUUUGCUUUGUAAUAACACUGUGAUUAUGUAUACAAUUAAUAUUUUUUAUUUACAGCUCACUUGCAUUUUAAUUUUUGUUUUUUAAAUGAAGGAUUCAUUUCAUUGAUGUGUGUUUAAAUAAUUAAAAGAAGAAAAUA